AUGUCCCCUGUCCAUCACAAGUUCCAUCGGACGACGCUUCAAACCAUGGCAAGGGAGUUAGUAGACAUGGUGGUGGAGAACGUUUGGGAUGCGAACGAUGUGUCCCAUACAGCGGCAUUGGCAUCGACUUGCCAUUAUCUCGCCGCAGUGUGCCAACCUCUGCUGUUCACCGACAUCGUUAUACGACAGAGAGAAGGAGGUGGUCAUCUACGUACAGAUGUGCAGCAUAAGAUCCGCUUCCUUAUGGAUCUUUUUCGGGCGGAUUCCCAUUUGUGCGGGUCGAUGAAGACAUUAGCGCUGUGGUCGGACCUCAACGACAGCAAAUGGAUGACGACACCAUCAGCUGUGGCUUUGCUGGGAACGAUGGCGCAGAAAGCCACAUUGGUUGCGAUAACAGUUGGCGGCAAAGGGCCAGAAAAAUUGGAUGGUUCGCAGUUGCAUCGGACGACCUUGCGACAACUUCCCUCGACUUUGGAGAAAUUCACCCUGGUGAAUGUAGCGAAGGCAUCUACAAACAUCUUCACCCGAAUCCGUAUGGCGCGAAACGUCAGCAUUCUGGGAGUUUCCUUCCCGGGGAGUCCUCCUACGCUGCCUGGGCGUACCACUCAAUCGAUGGCAACACGAAACCGUGUAUACCCUGUAUGCUUCAACUUCGAUCUUCGACCAGAGCUGAAGGAAGAAGGGAUGGCCACGGCAUGUCGCGUCGUUCGGAAAUGGGUGUCGUUUGACCGAGUGGAAAAAGUCUCCAUCCACACCGGGGACGAGGAAGAAUGGAUGAUGUUAAACUCCAUUCUUAAGGAAGGUGGCGGAACGCUUCGUUGCUUGGAGGUAGACGUGACGGGACUUGGCCGCGCAGGAGAUUCUUCGUAUAAACCGUCCCGCCUACAAGAAACUGAACCUAGUGUCAGUCCAUAA